AUGGCCAGAGUUAAACAGCCGGCUAACCGAAAAACUCCUCGCCGGAAAUCCUCCGCUGCAGAAGCUACUCCCUCAAAACCAAAUGCUCAGUCGUCACCUGCUAGAAGAAGCCCAAGGACUACUCCACAAACUGACAGAGAUGGGGAAAGGCAGAGAAAGCGGAGAAACAGGCCUGGGACAGUGGCUCUUCGCGAGAUUCGGAAAUAUCAGAAGUCUAUUAACCUUCUCAUUCCUGCUGCUCCCUUUAUUAGACUUGUAAAAGAGAUUAGUCACUUCUACUCACCGCAGGUCGGACGUUGGACAGCAGAAGCCUUGGUAGCCCUUCAGGAGGCUGCAGAGGAUUAUAUAGUGCAAUUGUUUGAAGAGGCAAUGCUUUGUGCAAUUCAUGCUAAGCGCGUGACAUUGAUGAAGAAGGAUUUUGAGCUGGCAAGGCGAAUUGGAGGGAAAGGACAACCUUGGUUGAAGCACUAUCACUUUUUCUCGUUUGAAUUUCCGAGAGGUGUAGAGAUGCAGCAACCGGGGCAGAUGUUCCCAGUUAUGUCUUCAUUUCCACCUGCUAACAUUACUACUGAGCAGAUUCAGAAGUACCUUGAUGAGAACAAGAAACUGAUCUUGGCAAUUAUGGACAAUCAAAAUCUUGGCAAACUUGCUGAAUGUGCCCAGUACCAGGCUCAACUUCAAAAGAAUUUGAUGUAUUUGGCUGCAAUUGCUGAUGCCCAACCGCAGACACCAUCAUUGGCUCACCAGAUGUCGCCACAUCCAGCAAUGCAACAAGGAGGGUUCUAUAUGCAGCAUCCUCGAGCUACAGCCAUGGCUCAACAGCCUGGUAUCUUCCCCCAAAGAGCACCCUUACAGUUCAACAAUCCACAUCCAAUUCAAGAUCAACAGCAGCAUCUUACCCAACAAGCCAUGCAAGCACAAAUGGUUUUACGGCCCAGUGGCACCAGCAACUGUGCACAAACCACACACAAUGACGCUACUCUUGGAGGAGGCAGCGGUAUCCCUACUUCAAAUUCUGGGGUAAAUGAUGUAUGUGGAGGAACUCCCCAAGAUAAACUCGAGGGUCAAGCCUCUGGUGCUGAUGCUGGCGGAGAUGGAGAUAAAGCAAAAUAA